UCAUUUAACCACACCCCUGAGCUACAACAUCCUUUCACCUCGGUGUAAACGGAAGUAAACUGUGACCAAGGAGAUUUCCACGUUACAGUUUUUAUUUUUGUUAUUUAUACGGUUUUUGACACCAUGGAACUCUAAAUAUGACUCGUUUAACUGCACAGCAUCACAUACUUGUCCCAGGUAGUCUUUAAUUCGCGUUGGUGACCGGACUUGGUUGAUGUUAUCUAGGUAACGCUUACUAGCUGCUAAGGGUUAACUAACAAUGGCUAACGAUAUGGUUUUUCACACUCAAAUAGCCUCCAUCAUGGAGGUUCUAGCGAAUGCAGCCGUGGCAGAGGUCUGCAAACUCGUAGAUGACGACUAUGCAGUGUUUCGUUUGGAAAUAACUCAAAGCCAGAAAGAAAACAGGACAUUGAGGAGGAAACUACAGCUUCUGGAACUGAAGGUGUCACGGGAGCGCGCAGAGAGGACAAUGCGAGAGCGCGUCUUCACCAGUCCCAGAAGUGUCAAGCUCGUCGACGCAUACAGGGGAAUGGCAAGAGGUGAAGGAUAUCUCACUGGAAGCCACAGGAGCUUUGUGAAGCCAGGGGGACACAAUACAUGGAGAGAUGACAAACCAAUCACUGUUGAUGAGGGGAGUGGAACCUCAACCCAGCACAUUAUCUUGAUUGAGGCUGCAGAUGCAGAGGCUGUAGGUCCUGGGGUCAAGCAGGAGAAGUCUGAAGGAGAGGAGGACCCACAGCACAGCAGAGACAUCCAAAUUGGAGCGCCCCCUGAAUCCACGGAGGACCUCGACGCCACACCCCAGCCCAAGACCCGACGCAGCAUCAUGGAGGUCAGUGGAACGCCGAACGACGUCCUCAAGUCAGAGACCGACACAGAGACUUUAACUGUGACACACAGGCUUUUACACACAGGAUCUGACCAAAUAUCAGACCCAGAGAGAAUGGUGCUGGGGAGACUGGGCUGUCCUCCUGCUCCUGGCUCAGAGUAUUUACCGGUAUUACAUCAGAACCAGAGGAUGGUUAAUUCCCGUGGAGAUGGUGACACAUUAGACACUGGUGGUGAUGAUCUGUCUUGUUCUUACACUACAGCAACGGACCCUGGCAACAUGCCCUUGGGUUUAAAGACACAGACUGAUCUGUUUAGAGGGGACUGGAACCGGUACAGUAGUAGUGUAUACACUGAAGGGUGCCUAGACAAGAAAGGGGAGGGUCUUGUCGUAGAUGAGGUGACUGUGAAAGUGGAGGACGACACUCCUCUGACAUGGAAUGCCGACAAGACUCACUUAGGAGAAGGACACUUCCAGGGCAACACCAGUGACUUCUUAGACUACAGUGAAAGCUUAGAGACAAAUCUGAAUGUUGCGACCCACUCCUCUUUACACGCUUUCGGGGAUCGUGACCCAGUGUCCACGUCAUUGGGGCCUUCUGAUUCAGAAAACCGCAUCCUUUUCGAUCAGGUAUUGAACUCAAACAACAGAGCUAGAGUCCAGGCUCAGGGAGGAGGAGUCACAUCAGGCAAUAUUAAAGAGAAACGGUUCCUCUGCAUGUUCUGUAACAAAGGCUUCAGGUGCCUCCAGAAUGUGGAGAUCCACCAGAGGGUCCACACAGGGGAGAAACCAUUCAGCUGUACCCAGUGUCACAUGCGCUUCGCCCAGGCUGGAACCAUGAAGCGGCACCAGAGGGUCCACACAGGGGUGAAACCCUUCAGCUGUACCCAGUGUCACAUGUGCUUCGCUCAGGCUGGUGACCUGAAGAGGCACCAAAGGGUCCACACGGGAGAGAGGCCAUUCACCUGUAAUCACUGCGGGAAGAGGUUCUCACAGAGGAACUACCUCCGGAUACACCUGCAAAAAAAACAUUCCACUCCGUAACAUAGAAAGUAACCAUACCACUUGAUAGCUUCUGACAUUUAGAUCAGUCCCUGCAUUAAAGGAACACUCAUUGAGAUGAUGUAGAUGCAAAAAGUAAACAGCAGUAGUGGGUUAAUUUCUACAACUAAGAGCGUUGAAGUGCAAGGCCCAGGCAUUGUGGGAAAUACAGUAACUUCAGAAAGUAUUCAAACCCCUGGACUUUUUCCACAUUUUGUGUCACUGGCCUACACACAAUAACCCAUAAUGUGAAAGUGGAAUUAUGAUUUUUACAAAUGAAUAAAAAAUUCUAAGCUGAAAUAUCAUUAAGUAAUCAACCCCUUUUGUUAUGGCAAGCCUAAACAAGUUCAGGAGUAAACAUUUGCUUAACAAGUUACAUAAUAAGUUGCAUGGACUUACUCUGUCUGCAAUAAUAGUGUUUUAACAUGAUUUCUUGAAUGACUACCUCAUCUCUGUACCCCACACAUACAGAUAAUUGUAAGGUCCCUCAGUUGAGCAGUGAAAACACAAAUUCAACCACAAAGACCAGGGAGGUUUUGCAAUGUCGCACGAAGAACACCUAAAAAAUAUAAAAAUGCUGUACAUUGAAAUAUCCCUUUGAGCAUGGUGAAGUUAUUAAUUACACAUUGGAUGGUGUAUGAAUACACCCAGUUACUACAAAGAUACAGGUGUCCUUCCUAACUUAUUUGCCGGAGAGUAAGGAAACUGCUCAGGGAUUUCACCAUGAGGCCAAUUGUGACUUUAAAACAGUUACAGAGUUCAAUGGCUGUGAUGGGAGAAAACUCAGGAUGGAUCAAUAACAUUGUAGUUACUCCACAAUACUAAUCUAAUUAACAUGGUGAAAAGAAGGACCCCUGUACAGAAUAAGAAUAUUCCAAAACAUGCAUCCUGUUUGCAAUAUGGCACAAGUAAAACUGAAAAAGAUGUGGCUAAGAAAUUAACUUUAUGUCCUGAAUAAAGUGUUAUGUUUGGGGCAAAUCCAACACAACAUGUGCCACUCUUCAUAUUUUCAAGCAUGGUGGUGGCUGCAUCAUGUUAUGGGUAUGCUUGUCAACA